AUGGAAGCUACGUAUAUUGCCCUAUAAUACCUAGAUCAUGUGAUCAAUCAAUGCAGCUAUUCAUGAAGACUCUCUACCUCGUAAGCAUAACGAAGCUCAUGAGUCGCUUAGGGAUCACUUCUGAGAAAGCGCGGCGGCGGGCAGUACUUCCGCUUGAUGGGAUUGAAUUUUGCGGACAAGCGCGUCUUACUUGACUUAUAAAGGACAAUAUUGUAAGACUGGGCAGUUGUGCUCUUAGCGCUUUGAAGAACCUAAUAUAAAGGCGUCCAGCUGCUACAUUUGAUCACCAAGUGGUACUCCGAGGUCGCAACCACGUCCGCCUGUCCCGCUUAAAGCCAACCUUCUCCCAUUUCUGAGGAGGAUUUGUAUCUUUGCGAUCCAAUGCAGGUUCUCUCCCAAGCAAGUGCCCAGCCACACGGCUGGCACCCGGCCUUAGCCAAGCCAGUUCCAGAAAAGAGCAGCCAGCUUUUCCAAAACUGCACAGCAAAGCUGGGGCUUCCGGAGUCUCGUACUUUCAAGCCCCUUCCUCUCCAGCCCACCAACUUUCCGUUCAGCUCACGAGAAGCAACGAAAAUGCCGGGCGUUGUACGCGCCAGUCAGGGCGUCAUUUCCAGCGAAGUCGACCGUCUCCAAGACCAAGUCAAGAAGCAGAUCCUGACGGCUACCCAGCUCGCAGAGCUACCUGCAAAGCCCACCGCCGCUGUGGGCGCUUCAGAAUUGGAGCGCGCCUUUGAGAUUCAUGACGAGCAGUAUCUGAAGCCGGUUGAGGGGCCGUCGGUCUGGUACGGGCGCGAUUUCAGUGACAAGGAGUCGGAGUGGGUGCACGUGCUGACGUCGGACGAGGUCGCGGAGAUCGAGGCGGCCAUCGCGGGCGUGCGCGCGAGCGGGAAGCAGACCAAGGAUGUCACCCAAGCUGACUUUCCUUUGCCAAAUCUCGGCCCCCGACUGCUGUCAAUCCGAGACGAGCUUGUGACGGGCCGUGGAUUCUACCUGCUAAAGGGUCUGCCUGUCAAAAGGUGGUCCCGGGAAGAGACGAUCCUAGCGUACUUCGGACUGGGGACGUACUGGGGCCGCGCGGUGUCUCAAAACGGAAAGGGGCACCUGAUUGGGCACGUGAAGGACCUCGGAACGGACCCCACAAACAUCGUGAACAGGGUCUACACUCACCACGGGCCGCAACCCUGGCACUGCGACUCGGCAGACCUCGUAGGUCUUCUAUGCCUGCAAGUGGCUAAGGAGGGCGGCCUGAGUAGCUGGGCCAGUUCACACACGGUCUACAACGAGCUGCUCCGGUCGCGGCCGGACUUGGUGAGAAUAUUCUCGCAGCCGUGGUUCAUCGACAGAAAGAACGAGGUGCCCGCCGGGAAGAAGCCCUACUACGUCAUGCCAGUCUUCAACUACUACCAGGGCCGUCUGACGAUCCACUACGAGAACAGCUUCUUCCAGGCCGCGCAGCGCCAUCCGGGCGUUCCCCCGCUUAGCGCCGAGCGCCUGGAGGCGAUCGCAGAGUUUGACCGGGUCGCCGGAAGCAGCCCGGUAAGGCUGGAUUACUGGCUGGAAGUGGGCGACCUGCAGCUGCUCAACAACCACCAGACGGUGCACAUGAGGACCGGCUACACGGACUGGGGGCCGGGGCCCGACGAGAAGCGCCACCUGCUGCGCCUGUGGCUGUCGCCGCCCAACGACCGUCCGAUCCACCCUUUGUACGGCGAGCGAUACGGGAGCACAGAAGUGGGAGCCAGAGGGGGAAUCUGCGUGCCAGGGGCGGCUACGAAGAUUUCUCUGGAAGCCGAGUAGGCAAGGGGUUUGAUAGGGUUUGAAGAUAAGUACUUAAGACAAGAUAAGUCGUUAAGGGACAAUAAAACGUACUGAAAGCCUGCCAAGUUUUGGAUGUAGCACGUAUACGUAUAGGCUUUUGCAGAGAAAUGUAUACACGACGUCGAAGAAUGACGUUGACUUUGAAAGGUAGAUUCUCUUCACGAGCAUUGAGUUGUUCCUGCAGUGGCAUUUCAGAAAAUGUGUAUGUACAGAUACUUUUGAUCGGACAAGGACAACUUACGUAAAGCCAUCGGACAAGGACAACUUACGUAAAGCCGCUCGCUCAAUGACCAAGUUAAGUA